AUGUCUUCGAAAGAACAAGAAUAUAAUUCAAUUUGGAAUACGCUCUUAGAACUGUAUUUGAUGAAGUCCAACAAAGAGUCCCGUCAAAAGGCAUUGGCACUGUUAAAGGAUGAAUCAGUUGAUUAUGACACCAACCAAGCGCUUGUACUUUGUCAGUUGAAGCAGUUUGAUGAAGGGAUCGUUUAUUUGUAUGAGAAAACAGGCAUGUAUACGGAUAUCUUACAUCAUUGGAUGGAAAAAGAGUCGACAGAACGAGUUAUUGAAGGUGUACGGAAAUAUGGUCCUAAAGAUGCUUCCUUAUAUCCCAUGGUCUUGUCUUACUUUUCGUCUUCACCUGAAGUCUUGGUCAAGUCAAGGCAGGAAUUACUUUCCGUAAUGAAGCAUAUAGAUGAAAAGGACUUGUUGCCUCCCAUUCAAGUGGUUCAAGCACUUUCAAGGUCAAAUGUGGCAA